GGAGGGCAUAGACUCUUAGCGAAGUGAAAGUUUCAUCACCUUUUUUUUAAAUACUUACAACUUAACAAUAAAAAAACCAGUUAAUAUUAUCUGUAUCUUAAUCAAAUAAAUAUUCCGUAUAUUUUACCCUAAGCAGUGGAAAAUGACGAAUCAGGAACUGCUCUUUCAAUUCCAGUCGCUCGGAAUGAGCGAACAAAAGGCUAAAGAGACCCUAAAGAACGCAAAUGUUACAAAAAAUUUACAACUGGCACUGACUGAAGUUAAAGGGGUACCACUUCACGAAGGUGUGGGUAUGCUGGUUUAUCAUAUGGCCAGUAAAAUCAAACCACAAAUAGCCCAACAUCUACCACUACUCACCCGCUAUAUAGCGGAACGCAAGUUAGACACCACGUUGCGAGUGGAUGCGGCUAUCGAGUAUUUGUUGAAAAAUGUUCAAAAGAUAGGAGUAGCAAUCAACAUACAGGAAUUCGAAGAAGCAUGUGGGGUCGGUGUCGUCGUCACUCCAGAAGAGAUCGAACGUGCUGUGCAAGAGCAAGUGCAGUUGCAUAAAGCUGCGCUGCUGGAACAGCGCUAUCAUUUCAAUUCAUUCAAAAUUAUGCAAGAAGUGCGUGCGCAACUCAAAUGGGCAGACGCUAAGUCGGUAAAAUCAGCGAUAGAUGUAGAAAUAUUCGAUUUGCUCGGCCCAAAGACUGACGAGGAUUUAAAACCACCACCGAAGGCAGAAAAAAAGAAAGAAAAACCAAAGGUGAAUGCAUCCGAAAAAUUUAGUACGAACAACAGUAAUGGGAAUGAAUCAAAUAUAGCUACGGAUAAUAACGAUGGCGCAAGCACCAUAGCGGAGCUCAUGAAAACGAAAGUGCACUUCCACACCCCUGGUGAGAAUUACAAAACUGAUGGUUAUGUGGUAACGGAACAUACGGAAAGGCUACUCAAGGAACAUCUAAAACAAACGGGCGGUAGAGUGCAAACACGUUUCCCACCUGAACCAAACGGCAUUCUACAUAUUGGUCACGCAAAAGCAAUUAACAUAAACUUUGGUUAUGCUGCUUCAAAGGGCGGAGUUUGCUAUCUCCGCUAUGACGAUACAAACCCUGAGAAAGAAGAAGAGAAAUUCUUUGUCGGCAUACGCGACAUGGUCGAAUGGUUGGGCUAUAAGCCAUACAAAGUGACGCACUCCUCGGACAAUUUCCAGCAAUUAUACGAGUGGGCGGUAGUGCUGAUACGCAAAGGCUUGGCAUACGUUUGCCACCAGAGUGCAGAUGAAAUGAAGGGAUUCAACCCAAAACCAAGCCCCUGGCGCGAGCGUCCAAUCGAAGAGUCUUUACAACUCUUUGACGAUAUGAAAAAUGGUAAAAUUGAUGAAGGUGCAGCAACGCUUCGUUUAAAGCUAACAUUAGAAGAGGGCAAAGUAGAUCCAGUUGCUUAUCGCAUUAAAUUUAUACCGCAUCAUCGCACCGGAAACAACUGGUGCAUUUAUCCUACGUACGAUUAUACUCACUGUCUCUGUGACUCUAUCGAGAAUAUUACUCAUUCACUUUGUACCAAAGAGUUUCAGUCACGACGUUCUUCCUAUUAUUGGCUCUGUAAUGCUCUGGAAAUCUACUGUCCCGUCCAAUGGGAAUACGGUCGCCUAAACAUGAACUAUGCACUUGUCUCUAAACGUAAAAUUAAUAAACUUAUAACUGAGCGUAUUGUCUCCGACUGGGAUGAUCCACGCCUGUUCACAUUAACCGCGUUACGUCGCCGAGGUUUUCCUGCGGAAGCCAUAAAUAACUUUUGCGCACAAAUGGGCGUCACAGGUGCUCAGAUUUCGGUUGAUCCUAGUAUGCUCGAGGCAGCAGUACGCGAUGUUCUUAACGUAAGCGCACCACGGCGGCUGGUAGUUCUGGAACCACUUAAAAUAACACUCAACAACUUCCCACAUGACAAACCCAUCGUAAUAGAAGUGCCUAACUUCCCACAAAAUCCGGAUUUAGGCAGUCACCAGAUUGUAUUGGAUCGUAUAAUUUACAUUGAAAAAAGUGAUUUUAAGUUAGAACCUGAAAAAGGUUACCGACGCCUCGCUUUAGACCAAACUGUUGGUUUGCGGCACGCUGGCUUGGUCAUAUCUGUGAAAGAGGUGAAACGAAAUCCACAAACUGGUGAGGUAUUUGAACUUAUCUGUGAAUGUACACCCGCAGAACAAGCAGAAAAACCGAAAGCCUUUAUACAAUGGGUUUCCCAGCCCAUCAAACUGGAAGUAAGACUUUACGAACGAUUAUUCAAGCACAAAAACCCAGAAGACACCAAUGAAGUUCCCGGUGGUUUCCUCUCUGACAUCAAUGAAGAUUCUUUGGUGGUAUUAGAAGCGUGUGCUGAUCACGUACUGUCCAAUGUUAAGGUGUAUGAAAAGUUCCAGUUCGAAAGAAUUGGCUUCUUCUCAGUCGAUCCGGACACGACUACAGAUCAUAUUGUCUUCAAUCGUACGGUAGGAUUGAAAGAAGACGCUGGCAAGAAGUGAAAAGUAUAUUUACCUCAAGCUUCUAUUAAAAGACGGAAGGUCAACACAAGCACUGUUAACAUUUUUAUCUAAAAUCAUAAUCUGGCUUAAAGCAUAUUUAUAAAAUCCUGUAAAUUUAUUAAAUUGAGUUUAUUUAAUACAAUACCGAUCAAACGUCUA